CAUUUGUACCUUUUCUUAACUCCAACAACUGCUUCAUCUGCAGUCGGCAACCCAUUACUAUCCUUCAUAUCUCCAACCCCAUUUGCAUGUCACCAUCUCUAGUUCAAAUUAGCAAUUUAUUACGUUUCCGAUCUGGGUUUUUGUUUAUUUGAAGAACCAUGGCUUCUUCGAUGCUCUAUGGAGCUCAACAUCUUGCAUUCGCAAGAGCAUCAUCAACCCCAAAAGGAUUAGAAUCCAAUCGAUCAGAUUUGCAAUUUAGGAAUUUACCCAAAAUCAAUUUGGUUCGUAGAAACCCUAGUUUUCGAUCUAGAACUCUAAUCGUUCCCAAAUGCAGCGUCUCUGCACCUAGGUCAGCUUCACAACCUAGAUUUAUACAACACAAAAAAGAGGCAUUCUGGUUCUAUAGAUUUCUAUCAAUUGUCUAUGAUCAUGUGAUAAACCCUGGCCAUUGGACUGAAGACAUGAGAGAUGAUGCUUUAGAACCGGCUGAUCUCAAUCGCCGUGAUUUGAUUGUGGUGGAUGUUGGUGGUGGAACUGGUUUUACUACUUUGGGUAUUGUAGAGCAUGUGGAUGCUAAAAAUGUCACCAUUUUGGAUCAGUCACCUCAUCAGCUUGCAAAAGCUAGAGAAAAGGAGGCUUUGAAGGAAUGCAAGAUUAUCGAAGGAGAUGCGGAGGAGCUUUCGUUCAAAACGGAUUAUGCCGAUAGAUAUGUGUCUGCUGGAAGCAUCGAAUACUGGCCAGACCCACAAAGAGGCAUCAAAGAAGCAUACCGGGUUCUGAAGAUGGACGGAAAGGCUUGUUUAAUCGGUCCUGUGUAUCCAACCUUUUGGUUAUCUCGUUUCUUUGCAGAUAUGUGGAUGCUCUUUCCAAAAGAGGAAGAGUACGUUGAAUGGUUUGAAAAGGCGGGAUUCAAAGAUGUGCAGAUUAAGAGGAUUGGACCAAAAUGGUAUCGUGGUGUUCGUCGCCAUGGUCUGAUCAUGGGAUGCUCGGUUACUGGCAUCAAACCUGCAUCAGGGGAUUCUCCGUUGGAGCUUGGUCCCAAGGCGGAGGACGUAGAGAAGGCUGUAAAUCCGUUUGUGUUCUUUUUACGGUUCCUUCUUGGUGCGACAGCUGGAGUCUACUACGUAUUGGUUCCUGUCUACAUGUGGGUCAAGGACCAGAUUGUGCCGAAAGGUGAACCAAUUUGAGAGAUCGAAAAGCCCAUAUGGCGAUUCCGGUGGUUUGUGGUUUUUGGUUUGUGUGCGACAUUAUUUGGUGUUUUUAAGUUCGACUUUGAUGUUUCGACUGCAAUUUGUAUACUUGAGAAUAAAGGUUUUCGAGCAAUCGGUGUCGUGGAGCCUUUCGGUUUAUAGGAAACUUUUGAAUCCUUGUGUGCC